AUGAAUGCACCAGAAAAACCUUUUGCAUGUAAAAGUGAAGGUUGUAAAAUGAGUUUUACUAAUGAAGAUCAUUUGAUGGUUCACACAAAAAAACAUGAUAUGAAUUUAAAUUUAGGCUUAGGAAUGAAAACUAAUAUUUUUGUUGCGGAUCAAACACCAACUCCAACAAGAUUUAUUCGAAAUUGCGAAGAAGUUGGAUUAUUUCAAGAUUUACAAAAUGUUAAUCCAUUUGAAGAAACAUUUCGUCGUGCUACUGAAUUAGUUAAAUCCGGUAAUAUGACUGUAGUGCCAAAUAUAAAUGGAUCCAGCGAUGAUACUUUACAUACACCUCAUGUUUUUCCACUAAUGAAUUCAAAUUUUAAUGAAACACAACAACGGAAUGACUCACCAAUGAUAAUACAAUCAAGUACAGAAUUCGAUUUAAAAACUCCAGCAAUUCGUAAUGAAACGUUAGCGGAUGCAAAUAAUGUUUCAAACAAUGAAAAUCAUAACAAAAAUACUCAAUUUGAAGAAUUAAAACAUGAUUUAGAAUUAGAAAAAAUACAAAAUUCAAUCGAAAACGAUUGUAUUGAAGUAAUUACAAUGACCGGAUUAAUAACAAAUGAAUCGACUCCAAAAAAAACCUGUAUUAAAAAGGCGGUUGAUUCAACAACUAAUACAACGGCUAAAACUAGUACCAAACAAAAAUUAAAAGCAAAUAUUUUAAAAAAUAAAACAUCAGUGAAAAAUAAUCCAAUUCAAAUAAUUAAUACGCUUCCAAAUGUAAUUCGUUUACCUCAAACUCAUUUAUCUCAAGCUGUAACUCUAGCACCAAUUGUUCAAAAUCCAAUAAUAGUUAACAAUCCAUAUAUACUUAGUUCUACAAACCAAAUGUAUACGGUUAUUGGUCCACCGGUUGUACAAACAUUACCUCAACGACCCAUUAAAAAUAAUCUAGACAAGAAAUCGACUAAAAAUACAGAAAAGAAAUCAAAUUUAAGCAAGGAUGAAGAACAGCAACAAAAAAUAAAAGUUAGAAAUCGUGCAGCUCAAGAAAGAGCUAGAAAAAAACAUAAAUUGUGGAUUAAUAGUCUAGUGAAACAAAAUGAAGCGUUUUUGAAAACAAAUACCAUUCUAAAUAAUGAAAUUAAAAGUUUAAAAGAAGAAGUGGCUAAACUACAGACUGCGCUUCUUGCACAUGCCGAUUGUGAAGUUACAAAAUCAUCAGGGGAUAGAUCGUUGAUAGAAAAUUUGAUCAAAACAAAUCAAGUCUCGCAAAAGCACAAACUGGAAUCUACACCUUCAUCAGAAUCAACUACAGUAACAAUGAAAAAAAUUCGUCCCAACAUUAAGCCAUUAUCACUUCCAACAAUAACUUUUUUGGAUCGAAAUAUGUUUACUCAUUCAAAUGGAUCUUCAACUCUCAUACCACAAACAUUAGUGAAUAAUGUUUCUAAUGUUUUAGUUCCAGUUACGGUACAAAAAAUACAAAAUUUAACAGAAACGAAAAAAAUACAUGAAGUUAUUGCAACUAAUACAAAAUUAUCUGAUAAAAUUGUAAAAAUAGAACUAGAUUAGAAUUUAUAAAGAUAAUUUCAAAAAAAUGUCAUUGUUCAACGAAUGAUUUACUUA